CGCUCUUAAAUACCUCCGGGGCAGGCAGCUCGGGUUGGGCAGAAGCUCCAGUCAAGUGUCCUGUUAUCCCUCGGACACGCAGCAGCCCGAGCAGGAUUCGUUGCUUCCUCGGUCAGGAUGAACUUUGCGGCCCAGUUAUUCUACUCCAGCUACCUGAGCGAGCGACUGGAGCGUUUGUUUGCACCGAGGCCUGCAAUUAAAGACAGCGAGGAGAAUGACCCGUUCUGGGCGAGGGAGGAACUGCGUCUUGGCCCCAGUCUACCAGGAGGCUCCUACAAACCCGUCUGUAACGGCGCCGUGGGCCGCCGGCCAACUCUCAUUGAACCGGAGCGUCUCAAGGACUUUGGUGAGGAGGAACUUCUCAAUGGAGAUGUCAAGUACCACCAAAUAAGCAUGGCUGGAACCCAUGAGAUAAAGCUCAUGGAUCCCCCCAAAACCAGGAGAGUGAGUGAGUUCAGGAUCAUCCCCAAACCUCCGGCUCAGUUCCUCCGAUUUGAGGACAUCAGCGCGGCGGCCUUCACGAUGCAGUCAGCGAUACAGAAGACACCUUGCACGUAUUCCAGACUGUCCAAGCAGUACGGGAUGGAGAUCUUCCUGAAGAAGGAGCAUCUUCACUACACCGGCUCUGUGAAGGAGAGAGGAGUGCUGUACCUGCUCACCUCCCUCACACAGGAGCAGCAGAGGAAAGGUGUGAUCGUGGCCACCGACUGUAACUUCUCCAUGGCCGUGGCUCACCAUGCGGCCGAGCUGAAGAUACCGGUGUUCGCCAUCAUGCCAUCAAGCUGCUCUUCUCCACGCCUGCGGACCUACAGAGACUACGGCGCCAUGGUCAUCUCGUACGGCGGCACCAGCCACGACUCCCAGAACCACGCCCGCCAUCUGGCCAAAGAGAACGGAUACCUCUACCUGGAAGAAGAUGAGAGUGCAGCGUACCUGGCAGGACUGGGAACUGUGGGCAUGGAGAUCUUUGACCAGAUUCCCAAAGUGGAUGCAGUGGUCAUUCCUGCAGCAGGACAGUAUGGACUUCUGGCCAGCACCGCUGCAGCCCUCAAAUACCUCAACUCCCAGAUUCUCGUUAUAGGAGUUGAACCAGAAGGUUUCCCUCUGCUGCUGCAGUCUCUGAACACAGACGGCCCGAUCAAAAACCUGCACAGCAACCACAACAAGAAGCUGUACGGAGAUUUUAACGAGCGUUCGCUUGGUGCAAAUACCUUCCGUCUGUCCAAGAAACUGAUCAACAAAGUUAUUCCUGUCAGUGAGGAAGACUGUCUGGUGGCGAUGCUGCGGUUUCAGGAGGUGGAGCACUCCACAGUGGACACAGUGGGCGCCAUGGGACUGGCUGCCAUAUUGGCAGGGCAACUUCCAGAACUAAGAGGGAAAAAGGUGGUGGUUGUGGUGAGCAGCGCCAACAUGGAGCCGGACCUGGUGAGGCAGUGUGUGGACCGGGCUCUGGUGCUGGACGACCGGGUCAGUAAAUUCUCUGUGCAGCUGGGAGAAUGGCCAGGAGACAUGGCCAAACUGCUGGACGUCCUGUCCAGAGAGGACGUCAGACUGCUGGAUGUCUGCCAUCGCAGACACGGUGACAAGUCAGACGUCUUCAAAGCAAAGGUGGAGUGCGUGGUGGAAACCAGGGAUAAGACGCAAAGCACUCAGCUGCGCAAGACGCUGAACGAGCGCUACCCUUCGAUAUGCUGGCUGGACCGGUGAUCGAAACAAAACCAGACAAGAGGAAAGAAGGUGGAGUGUAAAUAAAUCUGGAAGGGAUUCCCAACACAUCCGUCAGUAGGACAAUAACCAUGACCAAUCUCUGAAUCUAGCUCUUAACAGAAUAAAACACUCUGAAUUAG